UACAGAUUAAACCCCAUUGACUUGCAUUGGAAGUGUCUCACUGGAACACAAAUUUAAAGUAAAGAAGGGUCGAGUCGAAAUACACUUUUGUGGGGAUCAAUAUCAAUACCACAGAUGCUGUCGACUGCAUUAACAUCAACACAGAUUUUGUAUGAUAAUAAACCCACAUGCACAGGUCUGGUUCUUAUUUCACUGUAAAACUGACUGAUCAAAGCACUUCUGUUCAGUCGCUCCAUCUGGGCUUGUAAUCCGUCUAAUCUGAUUAUGUGGACUGCUACCUUCUCUCGGAGCGCUCAGUGUUUUAUACCCCGUAAGAGGCGAGCAGCACACUGGGAAAUAUGGCUACUGCAGAACAAGAGAUGUACCCAAGAAAGAUUCUGGAUUACAUGGAGGGAUUCCUGGUGUCAAAGACUCUAUUUGCUGCAUGUGAGUUGGGAGUGUUUGAGCAGCUGCAUGCGUCGGAGCGGCCGCUGUCUGCAGGUGAGCUGGCGGAGCGUCUGCGCAGUAGUGAGGACGGGACUGCACGUCUGCUGUCUGCAUGUGUGGGUCUCGAGCUGCUGACUGCGCACACAAACACUGACAGUCAAGUGGUUUACAGUAACACAGAGAUGUCGACAGUGUUCCUCACUCAAUCCAGUCCAAAGUCCUUAUAUCACUCCAUUCAGUACAGUUCCAGAACCAUCUACCUGUGCUGGCAUUACCUGACUGAUGCUGUGCGAGAGGGGAAGAACCAGUACGAGAAAGCUUUUGGAAUAAACUCCAAAGACCUGUUUGAAGCCAUGUACAGGUCUAAUGAGGAGAUGCUGAAGUUUAUGCAGCUCAUGAACUCCAUCUGGAACAUCUGUGGGCAGGAUGUUGUUACAACUUUCGAUCUUUCGCCAUUCAAAUGUAUCUAUGAUCUUGGAGGCUGCAGCGGCGCUCUGGCCAAACAGUGUGUGUCGGCCUACCCCCAAUCUACUGUCACCAUCUUUGACCUUCCCAAGGUGGUGCAGAUGUCCCGAGAGCACUUUGUGUCCGCUCAAGACUCACAGAUCUCAUUCUAUGAAGGAGAUUUCUUUAAGGAUGCUCUACCGGUGGCGGAUCUCUAUAUUCUCGCCCGGAUUCUGCAUGACUGGACAGAUCAGCGCAACUUGGAGCUGCUCACCAAAGUUUACCAGUCCUGUAGACCAGGUGGUGGUGUGUUGUUGGUUGAGUCUCUUCUUCAUGAAGAUCACACGGGUCCUCUCACAGCUCAGCUGUACUCGCUCAACAUGCUGGUCCAGACGGAGGGCCGAGAGCGGACGGGUUCUGAGUACACUUCGCUGCUCACUGCGGCCGGAUUCACAAACGUCCAGAUACACCGAACCGGCAAGAUCUAUGAUGCCAUUCUGGCCUGCAAAUAAACCCGAUCACACUCACCUUACAGAUACUAGUAAAACUUGAGAAAAUCAGCAUAGCAUUGUUUUAUAAAAACACGAAUGAAGGCACUUAAUGUUAAUGUUUUAACCCUUUUUAAAUGUGCAAUUCUGUAAGUCAUCAUGAAAUCAAAACUGACCCUAUUUUAUUGACCUUAUCAGAGCGGAAGUGGAAUGAUUAAUUUCACAUUCCCAGUGAGUCAGAAGUUUACAUACACUGUUAGUAUUUGACAGCAUUGCCUUUAAAUAGUUUAACUUGGGUCAAAUGUUUUGGGUUUCCUUCCACAAGCUUCUCACAAUAAGUUGCUGGAAUUUUGUCCCGUUCCUCCAGACAGAACUGGAGUAACUGAGUCCGGUUUGUCGGCCUCGGAUUGAGGUCAGGACUUUGUGAUGCCGCUCCGAUACUUUGACUUUGUUGUCUUUAUUGUGCCACAACUCUGGAGGUGUGUUUGGGGUCAUUGUCCAUUUGGAAGACCCAUUUGUGACCGAGCUUUAACUUCCUGUCUGAUGUCUUGAGAUGUUGCUUCAAUAUAUCCACAUAAUGUUCCUUCCUCAUGAUGUCAUCAUCUAUUUAGUGAAGUGCACCCGUCCCUCCUGCAGCACCCCCACAACAUGAUGCUGCACCCCCAUGCUUCACGGUUGGGAUGCUGUUCUUCACCCUUUUCCCUCCAAACAUAACGAUGGUCAUUAUGGCCAAACAGGUCAAUAUGUGUUUCAUCAGACCAGAGGACAUUUAUCCUAAAGUCAGAUCUUUGUCCCCAUGUGCACUUGCAAACUGUAUUCUGGCUUGUUUAUGGUGGUUUUGGAGCAGCGGCUUCUUCCUUGCUGCGCAGCCUUUCAGGUGAUGUCCAUAUAGGACUGGUUUUGCUGUGGAUCUAGAUACUCGUCCACCUGUUUCCUCCAGCAUCUUCACAAGGUCCUUUGCUGUUGUUCUGGGAUUGAUUUGCACUUUUCACACAAACUACGUUCAUCUCUAGGAGACAGAAUGCGUCUCCUUCCUGAGCGGUGUGACGACUGUGUGGUCACAUGGUGUUUAUACUUGUGUACUAUUGUUUGUACAGAUGAACGUGGCACCUUCAGCGAUU